AUGAACGCAGCAGAUCUUGAAGGACAAGGAAAAGAGAUCGCUUCUCAUGAGGUUGAGAAUGUGGAUGCCAUUGGGGCGAUUUCAUUCACUGAUGAGGAGGAGAAAGCGCUGGUGAAGAAAAUUGAUCUCACCCUCCUGCCUACCAUCUGGGUGAUGUAUUUGUUGUCCUAUCUGGAUAGAACUAAUAUCGGCAACGCAAAGAUCUCCGGGAUGGAGGUAGAUCUCAACUUGACAUCCAACCAAUACUCGAUUGCUUUGGUUGUCUUCUUUGUUGGAUAUGUUGUAUUUGAAGUCCCGAGCAACCUCGCAUUGAGCCGAUCACGGCCCUCGAUCUAUCUACCGUCAAUCAUGAUCCUCUGGGGAGCCUUAACAUGUGUCAUGGCUGUUGUCAAAGAUUUCGGUCAAUUGGUAGCCUUGAGAACGAUUCUGGGCUGCAUUGAAGCCGGGUUUGCACCCGGUGUUAUACUCCUCCUAUCCUCAUGGUACAAGCAAACUGAACAGUCGAAGAGGUUUGGGGUGUUUAUUUCAGCUGCUGUUUUAUCGGGCGCAUUUGGAGGCCUCAUCGCUGCCGGCAUCGUUGAUGGACUCGAGGGUGCUCAUGGCAUUCGAGGUUGGCGAUGGCUCUUCAUUAUCGAAGGCGUUAUCACUAUUGGCUUUGCUAUAUUUUCAAUUUUCAUCCUUCCAGAUUUCCCCAUGACGACACGACGUCUCUCCGAUCGCGAGAGACAGAUAGCUGUGACACGUCUAGCGAGUCAGAAUGUUACCGCUACAACUGCAGAUACUGAGCAUCUAAGUAAUCUAAAUGCUUGCAAGGUGGCUUGUCAAGACCCUCGCACUUGGGCCUUUAUAAUUGGUUAUAUGGUGAUUGUUGGCUCGAGUACGCUGACAUACUUUUAUCCGACCCUUGUAAAAGGACUUUUUGGAAAUGUAUCGACUAAAGAGAUCAACUUAUUGACUGUCCCAAUUUAUGGGGUGGCAUUUAUUGCAACUGGAAUUACUUCUUAUUAUGGUGAUAAGAUUUCCACAUGGCGCGGUUUGAUCAUCGCCUGCUGGCUUGGGUUUUCGUUGAUUUGCUCAAUCCUCGUCUGCAUCAUACAUGACUUCACGGCUAGAUAUGCCCUUCUGGUCCUAAUGGCGGCCGGUCUGUGGUCUACAAAUGGGGGAAACCUUGGCUUAUGCAUCUUCUGCAUUUGCUAG